CUGCAAAUCCCGUUUGCUCCACCGACCGGUAAUCCACCCCCCACCCCCGGCCCAGCGUGUCCGCCCGGUACAGCUGUUUUUAAUCCCCACUUUUCUCACUUGGCUUCCCGGGCCCGGGCUGACCAGACGCGGAGCCACUUAGCGGCUCCCCCUCCCCCCGCCGGGGUCUGUCCUUCCUCCGCCGUCUCCUCUUUCCCCGCCCGCAUCCCCGGGGGCAGCGUGUGGGAAGGACGAAUUUCCGCCCGGUUUGUUCGCCACUCGCCGACUGGGGUCCCUUCCGGAGGCAGCCUGCGCACCCGGCUCCUCCCCCGGCUCCUCCACGGAGGAGGCCUCGCUCCCGGGCCGGGGACCAGAGAGAGAGAGGAGGCCGGGCUGCGGGGGCCGAGCCGCCCGCCGGGGCGCAGCAGCCAAGCCGCGCCCCAGCAGCUCUUGGAAGGACUCCCGCCCGCCCGCCUGCAGCUGGGGAAUCCACUCGGCGGGGAGAAUCCGUGCCAGGGAAUCCAGCUCCGGACUCGGCUGCAAACAAAACAAAAAACUCAGUGCUUGCUCCCCCCUCCGCCCCACGACGCGCACCCGGAGAGCUCGCUGCAGAGAUGCAACAAGUAGCGCCCGCAGCUCGCACAGCGCCCCGCGCCGCCUGACUUGGCCGGACCAAGCGAUCCUGCAGGGACCGGGCCAGAUGCCGGACAAAGGGCGGAGGAGGGGCCGGGCCGCGCAGCGGCGGAGUCCCUAAAGAGGCCAUCUAGUGACUCUGGCCAGGCCAAGGGGAAUGCAGAGGGGACACGGAGCCGGAGGGCCAAGAGGACGAUCCGGCGGCUGCACGCAGGGCCAGGGCGGGCGGCGAUGGAGGCUGCCCGCGCCGUGCGCUUCCUGCUCGUGGUGUGCGGCUGCCUGGCGCUCCCGCCCUGGGCCCAGCCCGUGUGCCCGGAGCGCUGCGACUGCCAGCACCCCCAGCACCUCCUGUGCACCAACAGGGGGCUCCGCGCCGUGCCCAAGACCAGCUCGCUGCCCAGCCCGCAGGACGUGCUCACCUACAGCCUAGGCGGCAACUUCAUCACCAACAUCACGGCCUUCGACUUCCACCGCCUGGGCCAGCUCCGGCGGCUGGACCUGCAGUACAACCAGAUCCGCUCUCUGCACCCCAAGACCUUCGAGAAGCUCCUGCGGCUGGAGGAGCUGUACCUGGGCAACAACCUCCUGCAGGCGCUCGCCCCGGGCACGCUGGCCCCGCUGCGCAAGCUGCGCAUCCUCUACGCCAACGGCAACGAGAUCGGCCGCCUGAGCCGCGGCUCCUUCGAGGGCCUGGAGAGCCUGGUCAAGCUGCGGCUGGACGGCAACGCGCUGGGGGCGCUGCCCGACGCGGUCUUCGCCCCCCUGGGCAACUUGCUCUACCUCCACCUGGAGUCCAACCGGAUCCGCUUUCUGGGCAAGAACGCCUUCGCCCAGCUGGGCAAGCUGCGCUUCCUCAACCUCUCCGCCAACGAGCUGCAGCCCUCGCUGCGCCACGCGGCCACCUUCGCGCCGCUGCGCUCCCUGGCCACCCUCAUCCUCUCGGCCAACAGCCUGCAGCACCUGGGGCCCCGCGUCUUCCAGCACCUGCCCCGCCUCGGCCUGCUCUCCCUCCGGGGCAACCAGCUCGCCCACCUCGCGCCGGAGGCCUUCUGGGGGCUGGAGGCCCUGCGGGAGCUGCGCCUGGAGAGCAACCGGCUGAGCCAGCUGCCCGCCGCGCUGCUGGAGCCUCUGCGCAGCCUGGAGGCGCUGGACCUGAGCGGCAACGAGCUGGCCAUCCUGCACCCCGCCGCCUUCGCCCGCCUGGGCCGGCUGCGCGAGCUCAGCCUCCGCGACAACGCGCUCAGCGCCCUCUCCGGGGACAUCUUCGCCGCCAGCCCGGCCCUCUACCGGCUGGACCUGGACGGCAACGGCUGGACCUGCGACUGCCGGCUGCGGGGCCUGAAGCGCUGGAUGGGCAGCUGGCACUCGCAAGGCCGGCUCCUCACCGUCUUCGUGCAGUGCCGCCACCCGCCGGCCCUGCGGGGCAAGUACCUGGAUUACCUAGACGACCAGCAGCUGCACAACGGGUCUUGCGCCGCCGAUCCCUCUCCCUCCUCGGUUUCCCCGACCGGCGAUGCCAAGCGGCGGCCCUUCCCCACAGCCGCGAGGGAGAAGAUGGCGCCUCCUGCCGGUGGCCUCGCGGAGGAGCUGCCGCCGCAACCGCAGCUGCAGCCACAGCCACAGCCACAGCCGCGGGAGAGGGUACCGGCCCCCGGGGCGCCCUGGGAUGGGGAGCUCCUGGGCAACCGCAGCGCCCCGAGGCUGAGCCCAUGGGGUGCGGGCUCCCAGCAGCUGGGCCCCUCCGCGUCUGCUGCUGCGGCGGGCCCGGCGCCACCGCCCCGGGACCUGCAGGAGAAGCCCGAUGCAGCCCGCGCGGAGCCCACCCUGACCGCCGGGGCCGCAGCCUCCGCACCGCCGCCCGCCGGCGACCUCUGGCAGCGGGCCGCGCAGCAGCGCCUCCCCCCGCAGCAGCCAGAGGGCGCCGCCCCGGCGGACGGCGGGCUGGGGGCGGGCCUGCCGCCGCUGGUGUCCGACCCGUGCGACUUCAACAAGUUCUUCCUGUGCAACCUGACGGUGGAGGCGGUGGGCGCCGACAGCGCCGCGGUGCGCUGGGCCGUGCGCGAGCACCGCAGCCCCCGGCCGCUGGGGGGCGCGCGCUUCCGCCUGCUCUUCGACCGCUUCGGCCAGCAGCCCCGCUUCCACCGCUUCGUCUACCUGCCCGAGCGCAGCGACUCGGCCACGCUGCGCGAGCUGCGCGCCGACACCCCGUACCUGGUGUGCGUGGAGGGCGUGCUGGGCGGCCGCGUGUGCCCGGUGGCGCCCCGCGACCACUGCGCCGGGCUGGUCACCCUGCCGGAGCCCGGCGGCCGCGGCGGCGUGGACUACCCGCUGCUGACCCUGGCGCUGCUGGCCGUCAACGCGCUGCUCGUGCUGCUGGCCCUGGCGGCCUGGGCGUCGCGCUGGCUGCGCAGGAAGCUGCGGGCCCGCAGGAAGGGGGGCGCCCCGGUGCACGUCCGCCACAUGUACUCCACGCGGCGGCCGCUGCGCUCCAUGGGCACCGGCGUGUCCGCCGACUUCUCCGGCUUCCAGGCGCACCGGCCGCGCACCGCCGUGUGCGCGCUCAGCGAGGCCGACCUCAUCGAGUUCCCCUGCGACCGCUUCAUGGACAGCGCGGGCGGCGGCGGCGGCAGCCUGCGGCGGGAGGACCACCUCCUGCAGCGAUUUGCAGACUAGAUCCGGGGGGCUCCGGGGUGUGGACAUCAUCUCCUUGGCCUGGAGGAGCCCUGGUCUCUCUGGGAGGCCAUUCAGCCCACCUCAGGGGAAGAUCUCAUUCCAUCACACCGCCUCCUUGUGUGCACUUGGCCAGAUAGGAAGCCAAUUCGGCACUGCCCCCUAAUUCCCAAUAUUCAUGAAAUACAUGGGUGGUACUUGGUGGUCAAGUACCCAUGAGUAGGGGACGCAUGGACGGUGGGGUUCAGAGGUGGAAGGCCUUCUUUACACGGAGACUUGGGCGCAGCUGUGAGAUUGCUUUUGGUGUCAUGGCAAUGCAAUAGCCUCCCCCCCCCCCCCUUGGGGGAGGAAAGGGGGCCAGAAAGCGACGAGACAUACUUUUUUACUUGUUCAGUGUCCCGAAGAGGUGUUUUGUGUUCUAUUUAAGGAAAAAGGAACUUAUUACCAUGACAAAGGAGGCUUGGUUUGGGGGUUUGUUGCCAAGAAGGAUGAUGUCAGCAGGUGGUAAAGUUUAACACACUCACCAAGGAGGAACUCUUUUAUGGUGGAUAACUUGACCUUUAAGUAACUAGAGACGCUGUUUUUUGUUUUUGUUUUUUUUCAACAAUGUGAAGAGCUCUGACAUUUAACUGACACACUCAAGGACUAUUUUAGAUUGAGCCAGGUGGCUCAACAGUUUUCUUUGUAACACGAACAUCACCGAAGGUUGGCCGACCUUGGGGUUAACUUAGAGAUUACACACUUUCUCUGGAGAAGGCUGCAUCCGAGACUUCUCCAUCAGGGUUGCUCCUGUGGCUUUUUAUUUUAUUUUAAUUUUUUUAAACCCAUAGAUGGAAUUUUCAAUGCCAGGCUUCAUCCAAGAAUGUAAUGUGUAUGUAGCUGGUGACCCCGUAGGGAAUGCCAGUGUGCUUACCACACCUCUGACAGUGCGUGUGGGCUGGGAAACAUGCCAUGUGCUGGGAAACAUUUCAUGUUAUCAGUGACAUGCAGUUGACUGUGUCCUCCUGGUUCCGAGUUGCACAGUUAAGUGUUAAAGGACAUUUCCUAAUAGGGGAGCAAGAGGUGAUUGCCAGUUGAUAGGGUAUGUUUGACCCCAUUCAUGUCUUACUCGUCUAGAGGAAAUGGUAGAAGGGAAGAAAUUCUUGGGAAAAUGUGAAAAAAUGGACACCGGUGGUUGUUUUCCUACAAAAAACCAGAAGAUUGUUACAAGUACUUAAACCUCACUGUGAAAUAAUUCUAUCUUUUUGCAAGUUAGUCCCUCCAUGACCCUGUGUUUUACUGUGUUAUUAAAUCUUAUUUCGUAGUUGAUAAUUGCAGUCUUCCUUGUCCAUGCUUUUGUGUUAAACUUAGGGUUAGGCUCCUUUAUUUGCUCUGUUGUUUUCAACUAUUUGAGAUACUCUCAUCCCCUGAUAUUUAUAAAGUACAUGUUUAGCACUACAUGUAGUGCCCUGGUUUACAUGGAUGAUUGCGUGUGUGGUCUGCAAGUGUCGUCACUAAGAAGGUGUGCCUGGCUCCUUUCCCUGUGGUUAUGACGCACAGGCAGUGGGGUGCUGUGGAGGCCACGGCACUGGUGCUCAGGCUAACGGUGCAUCUUCUGGUGAGGGCUGUAAGCCCCUGAGGGUCCUGAUGACUCAGGGAAACGAUCCCAGUCCAGGGGUCCCUCACCCCCCUUUUAUGGGUGGCCUCCACCGAGCCAGGCCUGCCCUUUGUCCCCACAGCUGAGCAGAGACCCAGGAAUCUAAAUGAACUGGUCUGUGUUUAUGUUCAGCUGAAUCAAUGUCCAGACCACUUAACGUACAGCUGCUUUCCUGGCAGUCUUUAUCUGUGGGGCCAAAACUUAAUAAACCACAGGAAAUGGACUGUCAUUCUGAGUCUGCUGCCAGAGCUUGUUUCCGACUCCAAGCUUGCUGGCACCCGGGAGAGGUGCAGUCGUUGGCUCUUCUUGGCAACCUUUGGGCUACCCUGCACCUUUUCUGCUCCCGGCUGUUUUCAUUCAUCGAGCAGUUGCAUCUCUUAGCUGUGUCUUUGGCACAGCCAUGUAGCGCCGAUUCCCGUAGGAAGUCUGGAAAGGACCUCUUGUUUUCCCACGGCUCACCCUGUGAACAUCAGAACAUCAGCGAGCAUGCUUAAUGCCUGAUCUAUGUAAAAAGUUUCCCUGGGAGGUCUUUCGAUGGGAAAUGAAUAAAUGCUGUCCAUUGUUGUGCUCAGUGAUGUCAAUAAUAAACCCACUUACUGAUAGAGA